UCGGGAUAGAUUUUUAUCUUCACAAAGAAGCCUAACUGUCUAAAACGAAAAUUAAUUUGAGUGUGAUAUGUGUUACGUUUAAAAUUAAAAUUAUUUAUGCCACAGAUCAUAUACCUAAAAAUGAAAAUCCACCACCUAACUUGUAAGCUACUAUUAAAUGCCAGCAGAAAUAUGAUUCAACACACACACACACACACUCUUGACCACGAUCUUCACACUACAUGAAUAGCUGCCAAAUUCAUCACUUUUUUUCCGGCCAAAAAAAUUCCUAACAUUUAUAAUACAACAAUGGAGCAGCUGAAACCAGGGCCUGCAAAUUCGAUCCCUCUAACCCCUCUUGGCUUUUUACAAAGAGCAGCCACAAUCUAUGGCGACUGCCCUUCCAUUAUCUACAACACCAAAACCUAUACAUGGUCAGAAACCCACGAAAGAUGCCUCCGGCUUGCUUCUUCACUUGUCUUUUCUUUAGGAAUCAAAACAGGGGAAGUUGUUUCCGUGGUGGCUCCAAAUAUUCCGGCCAUGUACGAAGCCCAUUUCGCCGUCCCGAUGGCCGGAGCGAUUCUCAAUACAAUCAACCUCCGCCUUGAUUCCCGCACAAUCUCCAUUCUCCUUCAUCACAGCGAGUCAAAGCUCGUCCUAGUUGAUUAUCAAUCAGCUUCUUUAGUCCUUCAGGCGUUGACUUUUUUCCCGCCAAAUUCUUCCCGACCAAUGUUAGUGCUAAUCACAGAUGACGAUGAACCAUCAAAUUCUUCAAAUUUUUUCUGCUCGUAUGAGAGUUUGGUGGAAACAGGGGAUCCGGGUUUCAAAUGGGUUCAACCGAAAUCCGAUUUUGAUCCGAUUACAUUGAAUUACACAUCAGGAACAACUUCAUCUCCGAAAGGAGUAGUCCAUUGUCACAGAGGGAUUUUCACAGUUUCUGUAGUUUCAUUAAUCGAAUGGUCGGUUCCGAAACAACCCGUUUUCUUAUGGACGCUUCCGAUGUACCAUGCCAAUGGAUGGAGCUUCCCGUGGGGAAUGGCGGCGGUGGGCGGAACAAACAUUUGCCUCCGGAAAUUCGACGCCGCCGGCGUCUAUUCCGCCAUCCGCCACCACAAGGUGACUCAUAUGUGCGCCGCUCCGGUUGUCCUGAACAUGAUUUCAUCCCUGAAUCGUGACCCGAUUCCGUAUCCGGUUCAUAUCUCCACCGCCGGAGCUCCUCCUCCGGCGGCGAUCCUGUUAAAGACGGAGGCGCUAGGAUUCGUGGUGACUCACGGAUACGGGUUGACCGAAACCGGAGGACACGUGGUUUGUUGUACUUGGAAAAAUAACUGGAACAAGUUUCCGGCGCCGGAGCGGGCACGGCUGAAGGCGAGACAGGGGGUCCGGACAAUUGGGAUGUCGGAAGUCGACGUGGUGGAGCCGGAGACCGGAAUUACUGUAAAAAGGGACGGCAAAACUUACGGAGAAAUUGUAAUCCGAGGAAACUGUGUGAUGCUCGGGUAUUUCAAAGAUCCGGCAGGGACGGCAAAAUGUAUGGGGGAAGGAAAACCGAGAAAUGGAUGGUUUUACACCGGCGAUGUUGCCGUGAUUCACCCGGACGGGUACUUGGAAAUCAAGGACAGAUCGAAGGAUGUGAUUAUUAGCGGUGGGGAGAAUCUGAGUAGUGUGGAGGUGGAAUCGGUGAUUUAUAUGCACCCGGCGGUGGAGGAGGCGGCGGUGGUGGCGCGGCCGGAUGAGCUCUGGGGGGAAACUCCUUGUGCAUUUGUGACUUUGAAGAAGAAGAAGAAGGAAAUUGAUGAGAAAGAUUUGAUUGAGUUUUGCAGGAAGAAAUUGCCUAAAUAUAUGGUGCCUAAAACCGUGGUGUUCAAGGAAGAGCUCCCAAAGACUUCUACUGGGAAAAUUAAGAAAUUUGUUCUUCGGGAAAUGGCUAAAUCUCUGGCUUCUUCCAAACUCUAGCAGACCAAAGAACAAAAAAAAUUAUGUGAUUGUCCCGAAAUUAUUAUUCAAUUUGAUUUUUCAUUUUUAGUUCAAUCUGUAUUAAAAAUGAAAAUUCAAACUGGACAAUAAUUUUGGGACCGAUGGAAUAAAUAAACAAAUAACAAAUGCGUUGAUAUAGAAUUGGUCUCAACUGAAUAUACAAUUAUACAAUAGAAAGAAAUACAUUUAAGUACCAUUUUGCUACAAUUAUUGGUUUUACAAAGAAAUACAAUUAUUGGUUUUAUUUUUACAUGACUCGCUAGGAAUUUCUUAUCCCGCUCUGUAUUUAUUUAGUUUAUGAUUGAAGUACUUCUGAAU